AUGGCAUCACCCAACAACUACUCCACUGCUCCAGUCUCUGAAUUUCUCCUCAUCUGCUUCCCUAACUAUCAGAGUUGGCAGCACUGGCUGUCCCUACCCCUCAGCCUCCUCUUCUUUCUGGCCAUGGGGGCCAGCGCCACCCUCCUGAUCACCAUCCAGCUGGAGGCCUCUCUGCAGGAGCCCAUGUACUACCUGUUCAGCCUCCUCUCCCUCCUGGAUAUGGUACUCUGUCUCAUUGUCAUCCCCAAGGUCCUGGCCAUCUUCUGGUUUGACCUCAGGUCCAUCAGCUUCUCUGCCUGUUUCCUCCAGAUGUUCAUCAUGAAUAGUUUCCUCGCCAUGGAGUCCUGCACAUUCAUGGUCAUAGCCUAUGACUGCUACAUGGCCAUCUGCCAUCCACUGAGGUACCCAUCCAUCAUCACUAACCACUUUGUGGCCAAGGCUAGUGUCUUCGGUGUCAUAUGAAAUGCCCUUCUCACUGUACCCAUUCCCAUUCUCUCUGCCCAGCUCCUCUACUGUGGGAAAAAUGUCAUUGAGAACUGCCUCUGUGCCAACCUGUGCCAGCUCUCCUGUGACAAUUUCACCCUGAACAGAAUCUACCAAUCUGUAGCUGGUUGGACCUUACUAGGCUCAGAUUUCAUCCUCAUCUUCAUCUCCUACAUCUUCAUCCUAAGAGCUGUGCUCAAGUUCAAGGCUGAGGGGGCUGCAGUCAAGGCUCUGAGCACGUGUGGCUCCCACUUCAUCCUCAUCCUCUUCUUCAGCACCAUCCUGCUGGUUGUGGUGUUGACAAAUGUGGCCAGAAAGAGCGUCCCCAUGGACAUCCUCCUCCUGCUCAAUGUUCUUCACCACCUCAUAUCCCUUGCCUUGAACCCUAUUGUAUAUGGGGUUCAAACCAAAGAGGUAAAACAAGGAAUUCAGAAAUUGCUGCAGAGAGGGAUGUGA